AUGGAACCCGACCAUGGUAUAGCCGUAAUGAGCUUCAAGUGUCCGCUCUGUAGUAUGCCCAUCGAGUCGCAGGAGAAGCUGAAGCAACACAUCAAGGUCACGCACAGCCAUUACUACUACGAUACGUAUCUGUUUCCACCGGAAAUGUUGUUCCCGGGUGCAUCCUCCAGUGCAACGGCGAACGUGGAGGGUGUGAUCAGUAACGAACCGAUCUCCACGCAGGAUGUGACAAUUGAGCAGGCGGAAGAGGAAUGCUGUACCUGCUGUGCAUACGACGAGUCCGGACAGGGUGGUGACUGUGGCUUUUGCGACUGUGAGGACGAUGCUCAGGGCGAGUGUGAUGACUGUCUGGUGAUGUGA